AUGGACAUGGAGACUGAACCAGAACCGGUGGUGAAUGAUGACCCGGCCGAUGUUCCGAACCAAAAUCCCGAAACGUAUUGCCGGUUUUGCUUCUCGGAAAGCGAGGUGGAACCCUUGUUUCCAGGCAACGGAAGCCUACCUAAUGCCGAGCUUAUGGAUCGGCUGUACGAAUGCAUCGGCAUAAGACUGACGAAGGAGGAUUACUGUCCAAGCGGCAUCUGUUGGAUGUGUUCGCUGACGAUGGAAGAAUUCCAGUGUUUCCGAAAACGCUGCCUAAAAUUUGAUAAGCUGGUGCGAAGCUUGCGGCCAACUGUGAAGCAUGAGCCACCCGCACUGCCAGCUGCAGUGCCAAACGAAACAAAGCCCUACACGAAGCAGCCCAUGACAAUUGUACGACAGGAUAAAAACAGCCUUAAAACGCCAGGCGCCACGCCGGAACAGUUGAGAUUCAAAUGCGGGCUUUGCCCUCGAACGUUCAAACAUAAGAUGUAUCUCGAUCAGCACUUUUGGAUUCAUCGGGACAGGAGUGGUGAAGAGCCUACUCGCAAUAAAAAGUUGCAAACCAAUGGUGCGAGUUCUAAAAAAGAAAAUAGUGGCGCUAACAUCACUGCCGAUCGGCCAAUCGCAUGUGAAUUUUGCCCCCGGCAAUUCACCCGCAGGAUGUAUUACAUUCAGCAUCUUCGUAAGCAUAAACCGGAAGAUCGUUUGUACCGGUGCCGGCGAUGUGCGCGGAGCUUUUCCUCGCAACUACGGCGGACAGCACACGAAAGGAAGGUGCACUGUCAGUUGCCCAUCCCGGCAACGGAGGAAAAGGAAUCCUUUUCCUGCCCGAAAUGCUCGAGAGAAUUUAAGCAUCGCUCAUCGCUCCGAAUGCAUCUGCUGAACCAUGAUGGCCGUUUGCCAUACGGUUGCGAUAUAUGCUUCUGUCGGUUUUACAGCGUAAGCUACCUGGCGUUGCACAAGAAACGCUAUCAUGGGCCGAAUGCUGAACGGGGUGUAGCGAAUGGUACCUCCGUUCAGUGUUUCUAUUGUACCCGAUGGUUUUUGCGCGAUUGUGAUAGGUCCAGCCACAUAAAGCAGAUGCACGCGGACAUUCACGCAAGCAACGAAAGCGCGGCCGGCGCUAAAGAAGAGGUGACGGAAUGUCCUCCGGCAGAUACCGAGGAGAUGACGGAUCCCGAAAUGCUGCCACCGAACAUACACGAGCCGGUGAUGGAAAUCAAGGAGGAAGAACCCGACACCGACGACCCGCAUCCAAACUCGGUCAUAGUUAAUCAAGAUGAGGGUGGCGAUGCGGGUUCCUUUCCAUUUUACUGCUACUCCUGCGCCAUGCCCUUCGAAACCGAGGAUAUGUACGCGGAGCAUCUGGACGAUCAGCAUCCGGUUGGUGGGGAGCAAUUGAUGGACCAAAUGCAUUCGUCCUCGCCGGUUGAACAAGAGGGAAAGGAGUUUCACUGCCCGUUUUGUCCAAAAACGUUUACCCGCAAGUGGAGCAUGACUCAGCACAUUCCGACACAUUUAGCGAAGAAAGGAUAUCAAUGCGAAUACUGCCCGGCCAUCUUUACGCGCAAUGAGUACCUGCGAACGCAUCGACAGCGAAAGCAUCCGACGGAACCGGAAACCGGCAGCCACAAGUGCAGCUAUUGUCCUCGUUUGUUUCAUAAGGCGCGAUACAAGAAGGUUCACGAACGGAUCGCUCACAUAAAGAAAGGUGAUGUGCUGCCCGAGGUAGAUCCGGAGAGCCAACAAGCUACGCUAAACACGACGGGUGACAAGUUUGACGAAAGCAGCAGUAGCAUGGCGCACGGGCCGCAUUCUCGCACAUCCGACAGUUUCGAUCAAACAUCUAACGAUGGUGCGAGUGUCGUGUCUUGUCAGGAUUAUGAUCUAGAGGCGUCGUCUCGGCUUAUUGUCGUGCUAGAGCGUAUGUCUCCGGAAACAUUAGCAGCUUAUGAGUGGCAGCUGGAGCUGUACAGGAGUAUGGAGACUCCGGAAGAGGUUCCUUCGGAAAUAGAGAUGUUUCCUCCUGACAACGAUGCGGAAAGUAUUGCACCCAACGUUGACCCAAGCGAGUCGAAUGAAUCGCCGAAAUCUGCCAUAAAGAGGAAACGAUCUAAAUUCGGUAUUACGCUCCACCCGUGUGGAGUUUGCCCCAAGAUGUUCAAAACACGUACAGCAAUGCGGAUGCACUCACUCUACCACAGUGGUGAGCUUCCGUUUCGGUGUGAUUCGUGCGGGGUUCAGUUUAUGCGCCACAACCAGCUGGAGUUUCACAAAACAAAGUACCACAGCGUGAACAGCACGGUAGUGGCCGAUCGCUACAGCUGUGACUACUGUCCGCGCAUUUUCUUGCGCAAGCAGGAUCGCACUACCCACCAAAUGAUGGUACAUGCGCGCGAUCAAGCCGAAGAUCUCGAAGAUGGGUCACCUACACCAAUGCUGUCGAAAAAAUCCAAAUGGUUGGAUUACGUGUGCAGGGUGUGUGAUGAGCAAUUCGAUCGAUAUCGCAAAUGCCAACGUCACGUCACCGUCGUCCACCCGACACUCGAGGGUGGAGGCGAGAAUAAACCGAUCAAGCUGUGCCAUUGUCACAUUUGCGCAGGUACGUACAAAAAGCGUGAGGACUGGCACGAGCAUCUGAAUGAGCAUCCGAGUGUGCGGCCACAUCAUUGCGAGCAGUGCAUCCGAAGACGACGGAAGACGACCAGUCGCAAGCAGGUGCAUCGGUGUUCGUUCUGCCCGAAAGCGUUCGAGAACAAGCCCAAUCUGGCGUCGCAUCUGCGCAUACACAAACAGCAGCUGCGUUUUCCGUGCAGCGAGUGUGGGGUGAUGUAUGAUCGAUAUCGUGAUCUGACGACACACCAGUUGCGCUACCAUUCGCAAAACGCUUCCGAAACGUUGCCACGCCGGGAGCCGCUGCAAAAGUGCAACUUUUGUCCACGUAUUUUUACUCGACUGAGGGAUGUCAAAUAUCAUCAAGAACAAGUGCAUGCAGAUCAAGUAAUGCCGGACCUGAAUGAGAGUGAGUUAGAGCAAACGAACGAUGUGGACGCGCUGUCGUCGUUAGCGUGUGAACCGGAAAUGUAUUCGUUGUUUGCGAGCAGUACCGUCUUGCCGGAAACUGAAACCGAACUCCUGAUCAAGCCUGACCCUGACCAGACACCGCUAUGAGAAGUGUUAGUUUUACCAAUCUCAAUUUGCUCUUACCAACGCACUUAAAUACAGCCUGGUAGUCGUUCGUCGAUCGGUUACUAGUAGUGUAUUCCUCUUACUAAUAGCUAUUAUUCAACAUGUUGUUUUUUUCUCCAAAAAUAACAUCAAUGGUCAGCACGAUGGACAACACUAUUGAACAUCAAAAAAUGAUAUUGAAUGCAAAUGCAAACGAUUACUAUCAGUAUCGUUUGUAUCGAAACUUAAAUAGCAUGUAGCAUACGUAAAUAGGCUCGCUACGGUCAAAAUAGGUUAAUGACACUGUCAGCUUAUCUUAUGCUUUCGUUGAUAUAA